GCGCGUUCGCGCGGCGUAGGUGGCGCUAGAGGCCUCCUUGGGGGUUGUAAGGAGACGGCGCUGUCGCCAUUUUGUAGGGUGUUUGUCGCAGCGGCUGGAGAGAGAAGACGGCGGUUUGGCGACGUUUCUCGGCCAGAGGGCCUUUUGCUUUUGCGGAGAUGCGGCAUUCCAAAAGAACUCACUGUCCUGAUUGGGAUAGCAGAGAAAGCUGGGGACAUGAAAGCUACAGUGGAAGUCACAAACGGAAGAGGAGGUCCCACAGUAGUACCCAAGAGAACAGACAUUGUAAACCACAUCACCAGUUUAAAGAAUCUGAUUGUCAUUACUUAGAAGCGAGGUCCUUGAAUGAGAGAGAUUAUCGGGACCGGAGAUACGUUGAUGAAUACAGAAAUGACUACUGCGAAGGCUAUGUCCCUAGACAUUAUCACAGAGACGUUGAAAGCGGCUAUCGAGUCCACUGCAGUAAAUCUUCGGUCCGAAGCAGGAGAAGCAGCCCUAAAAGGAAGCGUAAUAGACACUGUUCAAGUCAUCAGUCACGUUCGAAGAGCCACCGAAGGAAAAGAUCCAGGAGUAUAGAGGAUGAUGAGGAGGGUCACCUGAUCUGUCAAAGUGGAGACGUUCUAAGAGCAAGAUAUGAAAUCGUGGACACUUUGGGUGAAGGGGCCUUUGGCAAAGUCGUGGAGUGCAUUGAUCAUGGCAUGGAUGGCAUACACGUAGCAGUGAAAAUUGUAAAAAAUGUAGGUCGAUACCGUGAAGCAGCUCGUUCAGAAAUCCAAGUAUUGGAGCAUUUAAAUAGUACUGAUCCCAAUAGUGUCUUCCGAUGUGUCCAGAUGCUAGAAUGGUUUGAUCAUCAUGGUCAUGUUUGUAUUGUGUUUGAACUACUGGGACUUAGUACCUAUGAUUUCAUUAAAGAAAAUAGCUUUCUACCAUUUCAAAUUGACCACAUCAGGCAGAUGGCAUAUCAGAUCUGCCAGUCUAUAAAUUUUUUGCAUCAUAAUAAAUUAACCCAUACAGAUUUGAAGCCUGAAAAUAUUUUAUUUGUGAAGUCUGACUAUGUAGUCAAAUAUAAUUCUAAAAUGAAACGCGAUGAACGCACACUGAAAAACACAGAUAUCAAAGUUGUUGACUUUGGAAGUGCGACGUACGAUGAUGAACAUCAUAGCACUUUGGUAUCUACGCGGCAUUACAGAGCUCCAGAGGUCAUUCUGGCUUUAGGUUGGUCCCAGCCUUGCGAUGUGUGGAGUAUAGGCUGCAUUCUCAUCGAAUAUUACCUCGGUUUCACAGUCUUUCAGACUCACGAUAGUAAAGAGCACCUGGCAAUGAUGGAACGAAUAUUAGGACCCAUACCAACACACAUGAUUCAGAAAACCAGAAAACGCAAGUAUUUCCACCAUAACCAGCUAGACUGGGAUGAACACAGUUCCGCUGGCCGAUACGUUAGGAGACGCUGCAAACCAUUAAAGGAAUUUAUGCUCUGUCAUGAUGAAGAACAUGAGAAACUGUUUGACCUGGUACGCAGAAUGUUAGAAUACGACCCAGUGAAAAGAAUCACCUUGGACGAAGCCUUGCAGCAUCCCUUCUUUGACUUAUUAAACAAGAAAUGAAAUGGAAGUCAGUGGUCUUACUAUAUACUUCUCUAGAAGAGAUUACAUAAGACUGUGUCAGUCAACUCUAAACAUUCUAAUAUUUUUGUAAACAUUAAAUUAUUUUGUACAGUUAAGUGUAAAUACUGUAUGUUUUGUAUCAAUAGCAUAAUUAUCUUGUUAAGCAAGUAUGGUCUUGAUAAGGAAUGAACUAUAAAAGUUAAAAUUAAUUUUCCUUUUUGAGAUUAAUUACCAUUUUUAAAGAUCUUUGGAAUAUUGUUUGUGUCUAGUGAUAAAUGUGAUUGAUCUUGUCUUUUUGUACAUGGAGGUCAACUCUUUGAAGUGAUUUUUUUUGAGUAAAAGGAAAUCUUGACUACUUUAUUCUUAAUGAACAUUCUUUAUAUACCUCAAAUUCAAAACUUUUCGUAACUUUAAAGUUUUUUCUGUAAUUGUUGAACAGGUAAUAAGUAUCAACUCCCAAUAUAGACAGGUAUUGGAAACCAAAACCCAUAGGAAAAUGUUUACUGUUGGAAUUUCAUUAAAUUUUAAGAAUUGC